CAUGAGCAUUUCCUAUUUUCAGCAAAUAAACUACAAUAAAUUUGCAACAUUUUAGCGAAGCUCCGAACUUUACAGAUGAUUUCGUUUCGGACAAAUAUCAGUUAUAAGUUAAUAUGAGGCGUGUAUAAUCAAUUUUGUUGACCACUGUAUAUCGUUUAGCAAAAGAUACUGUUUCACUUCAUAAAUAUUUUUUUCCGUUUAAAUACACCUAUUUUCGGGUCUUUAACUUAUAUUCUAUUCACUGAACUUUCAUUAAAAUGUCUUCUGCAAAGUGACUGUGAUUUGAAGUUUCAUAAAAACUUUUGAUGAAAAUUCAGUCACCAAGACAUCGAAAGGUUUAUUAAAAAUUUGAAUGAAUGAACUUGCUUUUAAUAAAAGUUUUUUUAAUGAAACACCGAUAUCCCCACAUAUUUAUUUGUAUUUGUUUAUAAUUAUUUAUCAUCUGUUUCUUUUUUCUCAUCUAGAUGAAUUUCAAGAACGAAAUGUUAAACAACAAUCGAUUAUAAAUGAUCAACAGAAAAUGAUACAAGUACUUAAAGAUGAACAAAAUAAAAUAAAAUCAUUUUAUGAUAAACAAUUUAAUUCAUUAAAUGAUCAAUGUAUUAAGGAAAAAAAUGAAAUUAAAUCGCAAUUUGAUUCAUGUAUGAAAAAUUUGGAAAAAAGUUUUCAUACAUUAACGUUAAAAAAAGAACAAUUAGAACGAAAAUUAUCUUAUUUAUCGGAACAACAUAAACAUGAACUAAUUGAAUGUAAAAUAUCACAUGAAAAUAAUUUAAAAGGUUUAUUAUCAAAUGAUGUACGAUCAGAUUUAGAAAAUACAAUUCAAUCUUUAAAACAACAGAUUAUUUAUUUACAACAACGUAUUGCUUUUUUACAAAAUGAAUUAGAACAGUACGUACAAAAUUAUGGACAUUCGACUAAUACAUUAAGACAAAAUAAAACACCACCACAACAAUAG